GAAGAGUGUCGUGCGAGAAAAAAAAUUAUUUUUAAAAUAACUACUCGUGAAAUGGAGAUUUAAAUGUGGAAAAAGUGAAAAAAUGGAUGAUGAUGCCGCAUCGAGUCACCUGCACUUGAUCUGAGAGUAGUGUGAGUCUCGAAAAACCGGCAGAAUCUCGUUUUUUGAAUUGUGGAAUCUGGAUACAAAAAAAAAUUAUUAUUCGUAUUACAACACACUUCCAAACAUACACACACACACACACACACAUACACACACAUAACAUCUCAUCAUAAAACCAUCUCUCACACCAUCACACAAAAUGGCGGAUACUGCGGGACAUAAUUUUCAGAAAAAGACAUUUCACAAGCCCACUUAUUGUCAUCACUGUUCGGAUUUGCUGUGGGGCCUCAUUGGCCAGGGCUACAUUUGUGAAGUUUGCAAUUUUAUAGUGCAUGAAAAGUGUCAUCAACUCGUUGUAACUCCAUGUGCUGGAAGUGCUCCGUUAGAAAUAAAGAAUCCUGUAGCACAUUGUUGGUCGGAGCCAACAAGUCAUAAGCGAAAACUCUUCUGUAAUGUUUGUCGGAAACGUUUGGACGAUGCGCCAGGAGUUCAUUGUCUCAUUUGUGAAUAUUACACACAUCUCGAAUGUGUCGAUUUUGCAAUUCCCGAUUGCAAGGAAAAUGCCACCUAUGUGCCAGGAAAAGAUCUUAACUCCGUGAAGCACCAUCAUCAUUGGCGCGAAGGAAAUUUGCCGCAAUCAUCAAAGUGUCAAGUAGCAAAAUGUAGGAAAACGUGUUGGUCAACCGAGUGUCUGACGGGAUACCGCUGCGAAUGGUGCGGUUAUACCGUGCACGGCGGCUGUCGCAAAGACAUGAAUCCCGAAUGUGACUUUGGAGGCUUGCGCGAUAUUUAUUUGCCGCCGCAUGCCGUUUCCAUUCCAAGGACUGAGGUUUCCAUGGAAGCUAUCAUUGGAAUGCAACCUAAAAGUAAGCAAACUCCUAUUCAACGUGAUUUUUCAUGUCCACGCAGCAUUUCCGAAGAGUUCAGCAGUGGCGACACGUCCCGCUUUAGAGAUGAAGAAUACGAUCGCAAACCAGAACCAAGCACCAGCAGUCAAACUGGAACGCACAGUCGAUCUGAUUCCACACACAAAACCGACAAGGAACGAGAUAAAAGAGAGAAACGGGAAACGGAAAGAGAUGAAGAAACAAUCAAAGUAUUUGACGGUAAUUGUUCACUACGAAGACGCAUCUACAAAGCCGUCACUGUUCCGCGACAAUGCAACUUGGAACAAUUACUCGAAACUGCUUCAAAAGCAUUCCAAAUAAGACGUGAUCAUAAUGAUUUUUACUUAACGGAUUUAUAUGCUCCUGGACCGGAAGAAUGUCGAGUUCAGGAUCCGAAUCCUGUGUUGAAUUUACACAGAAUGGAAGGAAAACGACCAGCUGUUAUUUUGCGAUAUCGUGAUAAUGAAAUUGAAAAUGGCUCUGUGAGAGUCUAUCCGGGAAAACUUCAGCAAAUCCAACCAAACAUAACUUUUGUCGAGAUUCCAGUAAAUGAUGGAACAACCGUUAAACAAUUAAUUCGAGAGGCGCUUAAUAGAUUCGGAUUACGUGAUCACAAUAUUGACGAUUACAGAUGUUCCGAAAUCCUGCUCGAUCGAGGCGUCACAGAACGCGUACUCGACGAACACGAACGCCCGUGGGAAAUAAUGAAGCAACUCGCCAAAGACUCGAUACGACAAAUGGAGGUAAUGCGAUUCUAUCUGCAGUUGAAACGCGAUCCGCACGGUCCGAAUCUCGCACUUUUCAUCGGGAAUCUGGCGCCGGGCUUGUCGCAACGCAACUACGAACAAAGUCUCAUGGAUAUCUUGGGACCCGAGAACAAAUUUACGAGUAUCGGUCCCAUCUACUACGAAUACGGGUCGCUAGUUAUUACGUACGAAAAUGCCGAAGUUGCGAUACGAUCGUUUUAUGCGUUGCGUGAAGCGCGCGUUGAGGAGAAGAAGUUGUUAGUGCUGUUAUUGCCAAAUAUCGAACACACGAUGGUCAAGCCGGAGGUUACGCCUUUGCUGGUUUUCGUGAAUGUCAAGUCUGGCGGAUGCCAAGGUUUAGAAUUAAUCAAUAGUUUUCGCAAAUUGUUGAAUCCGUAUCAGGUGUUUGAUUUGGAGAAUGGCGGUCCGUUACCUGGGUUGUACGUUUUCCGGCACAUUCGUUACUACAAAAUUCUCGUGUGUGGCGGCGACGGAACAAUUGGCUGGGUCUUACAAUGCCUUGACAACGUGGGACAGGACUCUGAAUGUUCCAGCCCGCCAUGCGCUAUUGUGCCAUUAGGAACAGGAAACGACUUAGCGCGCGUAUUAAGAUGGGGUCCCGGAUACACGGGAGGCGAGGAUCCCCUCAACUUAUUACGCGACGUAAUUGAUGCGGAAGAAAUACGACUCGACCGAUGGACUGUCGUAUUCCAUCCGGAAGACAAACCCGAAGAGGCUGCCGCAGCAAAGGCGCCAUCAAAUCCAUCUGGUAAGACAAAGAAGAAGACCCAACCAAGACAACAACAACCACUUCAAUCAGAAUCACACCAACCGCCAAAUCAACAUCAUCAUCAUUCGGUGACACAAGGAGCAGCACAAAGCGAAGACAAUUCCCAAAUAUUCGUCAUGAAUAACUACUUUGGCAUUGGUAUCGAUGCAGAUCUGUGUCUUGAUUUCCAUAAUGCGCGCGAAGAGAAUCCGGAAAAGUUCAAUUCGCGUACCCACAACAAGGGCGUGUACUUUAAGAUGGGUCUGAAGAAGGUAGUUGGCAACAAGAGGAAGCAGGUGAAGGAGCUUCAUAAGGAAAUUAGGCUGGAAGUUGAUGGAAAAGUUGUCGAAUUGCCGCCUGUUGAGGGAAUAAUUAUUCUAAAUAUUUUGAGUUGGGGAUCCGGCGCUACCCCAUGGGGCACGGAGAAAGAAGAACAAUUUAGCAAGCCAAAUCAUUGGGAUGGCAUGUUAGAAGUCGUCGGUGUUACGGGCGUCGUGCAUUUAGGCCAAAUACAAUCAGGAUUCAGGUCAGCGUUGAGAAUCGCUCAGGGUGGUCACAUAAAAAUUCAUCUGUUUUCGGAUAUUGCGGUACAAGUAGAUGGCGAACCAUGGAUCCAAAGUCCCGGAGACGUUGUUGUACUCAAAUCAGCACUUAAGGCAACUAUGUUGAAAAAAAUCAAGGGUAAAAUGAAGCGUCGCAACACAGAACCAACAAUGGCAGUUGGUGGUCCCGGUACACAACUAUCACUGCCCACGCCUCACGAACCUGACGAUCUGGACUCGAAUAACACGGAUUUUUGAAUAUGGUAUAACGAGCGACUGAUUUAACGUGCUGAUGUGCAAUAUAUCGAUGUUUAUUCUUAAUCAUUACAACAACAACAAUAAUAACUAAAAAAAAAUUAAAAAUUAUUUUUUUUUAUUAAAAUUUAUUUUUUCCU